UGAGGGUUAAGCGAUGGGGAGACCCCUGGUCUUGCUUCUGCUUCUGCUCCUCCUGCAGCAUUUUGGAGAUGGUGACGGAAGCCAAACACUUGCCCAGACGCCUCUCCAGUUUACACGUUUCCAGUACAACGUCACGGUGCACGAGAACUCUGCAGCGAAAACCUAUGUCGGGCAUCCUGUGAAGAUGGGUAUUUACCUUACAAAUCCAUUGUGGGAGUUAAGGUACAAAAUUGUCUCCGGAGACAAUGAAAACCUUUUCAAAGCUGAAGAGUACAUUCUUGGGGACUUUUGCUUUUUAAGAAUAAGGACCAAAGGGGGAAAUACAGCUAUUCUGAAUAGAGAAGUGAAAGACCAUUACACACUGGUCGUCAAAGCCAUUGAAAAAAAUUCUAAUGCCGAAGCCCGAGCAAAGGUCAGGGUGCAAGUGCUGGAUACAAAUGACUUGAGACCUCUCUUCUCUCCCACUUCGUACAGUGUUUCCUUACCUGAAAACACAGCCAUAAGGACCAGCGUUGCAAGGGUCAGUGCCACUGAUGCAGACAUAGGAACCAAUGGAGAGUUUUACUACAGCUUCAAAGACCGAACAGACAUGUUUGCGAUUCACCCAACCAGCGGUGCAGUCGUUUUAACUGGUAGACUCGAUUACGCAGAGACCAAGCUCUAUGAGAUGGAAAUUCUUGCCGUGGACCGUGGGAUGAAACUCUACGGAAGCAGUGGUAUCAGCAGCCUGGCCAAGCUGACCGUCCAUGUGGAGCAGGCCAACAGAUGUGCUCCCGUAAUCACGGCGGUGACGCUGUCCCCGUCAGAGCUGGACAAGGACCCAACAUACGCAAUCAUAACCGUGGAUGACUGCGAUCAGGGUCCCAGUGGGGAAAUAGCUUCCUUAAGCAUUGUGGCCGGUGACCUCCUUCAACAGUUUAGAACGGUGAGGUCCUCCCCGGGGAGCAAAGAAUAUAAAGUCAAAGCAGUGGGUGCCAUCGACUGGGACAGUCAUCCUUUUGGCUACAGUCUGACACUCCAGGCUAAAGAUAAAGGGACUCCUCCCCAGUUCUCUUCUGUAAAAGUCAUUCGUGUGACUUCUCCGCAGUUCAAAGCCGGCCCGGUCAAGUUUGAAAAGGAUGUUUAUAGAGCAGAGAUCAGUGAAUUUGCUCCUUCCAGUACACCCGUGGUCAUGGUGAAGGCCACGCCUAGUUAUUCUCAUUUGAGGUAUGUUUUUAAAAGUACACCCGGAAAAGCUAAAUUCAGUUUAAAUCACAACACGGGUCUCAUUUCUAUUUUAGAACCAGUUAAAAGACAGCAGGCGUCCCAUUUUGAACUUGAGGUAACAACAAGUGACCGAAUAGCCUCCACCAGAGUCUUGGUUAAAGUCUUAAGUGCAAAUAGCAAUCCCCCUGAAUUUACCCAGACCGCUUACAAAGCAUCUUUUGAUGAGAAUGUGCCCAUUGGGACGACGGUCAUGAGUGCGACUGCCAUAGACCCCGAUGAGGGUGAGAAUGGGUAUGUGACCUACAGUAUUGCAAACUUAAAUCACGUGCCGUUCGUCAUUAACCAUUUCACUGGUGCUGUGAGUACUUCAGAAGACUUGGACUAUGAGCUGAUGCCUCGAGUUUACACUCUGAGGAUUCGAGCGUCAGACUGGGGCUUGCCCUACCGCCGGGAAGUAGAAGUCCUUGCCACGGUGACUCUCAAUAACUUGAAUGACAACACACCCUUGUUUGAGAAAAUCAACUGCGAGGGGACGAUUCCCAGGGAUCUGGGUGUGGGGGAGCAAAUAACCACCGUUUCCGCCAUCGAUGCCGACGAACUUCAGUUGGUCCGAUACCAGAUCGAAGCCGGAAAUGAACUAGAUCUGUUUAGCUUAAACCCCAACUCUGGGGUGUUGUCCCUAAAGCAGUCGCUCAUGGAUGGCUUAGGGACCAGGGUGUCCUUUCACAGCCUGAGAAUCACAGCUACAGAUGGAGAAAAUUUCGCCACACCGUUAUACAUCAACCUAACCGUGGCGGCCACCCGCAAGCCAGUACACUUAGAGUGUGAAGAGACUGGUGUUGCCAAAAUGCUGGCGGAGAAACUCCUGCAGGCAAAUAAGUUACACAGUCAGGGAGACGUCGAGGAUGUUUUCUUUGAUUCCCACUCUGUCAAUGCACACGCGCCUCAGUUCAGAAGUACCCUUCCAACUGGCAUGGAGGUAAAGGAAAACCAUCCAGUGGGGUCCAACAUAAUUUUCAUGAAUGCUACUGACCUUGACACUGGCUUCAAUGGAAAACUGGUCUAUGCUAUUUCUGGAGGAAAUGAGGAUAGUUGCUUCAUUAUUGACAUGGAAACUGGAAUGCUAAAAAUUUUAUCGCCCCUUGACCGUGAAACAACAGACAAGUACACCCUGAACAUUACAGUCUCUGACCUUGGUAUACCACAGAAGGCCGCUUGGCGUCUCCUAGACAUCAGAGUUCUGGAUGCCAAUGAUAAUCCUCCGGAGUUUUUACAGGAGAGCUAUUUUGUUGAAGUGAGCGAAGACAAAGAGAUAAAUAGUGAAAUCAUCCAGGUUGAAGCCACAGAUAAAGAUUUAGGGCCCAAUGGACACGUGACCUACUCUAUUCUUACAGACACAGAUAAAUUUUCCAUUGACAGCGUGACUGGAGUUGUUAAAAUUGGGUACCCUUUGGAUCGAGAAGUACAGCACGUGCAUUACUUAAAGAUUGAGGCCAGGGAUCAAGCCCGAGAAGAGCCCCAGUUGCUUUCCACUGUGCUUUUGAAAGUAUCAUUAGAGGAUGUUAAUGACAACCCACCUAAAUUCAUCCCACCUAAUUACCGUGUGAAAGUUCGAGAGGACCUUCCAGAAGGAACCAUAAUCAUGUGGUUGGAGGCCUAUGAUCCUGAUUUAGGUCAGUCUAGCCAAGUGAGAUACAGUCUUCUGGACCACGGAGAAGGACACUUUGAUGUGGAUAAACUCAGCGGAGCAGUCAGAAUUGUACAGCAUUUGGACUUUGAGAAGAAGCAAGUGUAUAAUCUCACUGUGAGGGCCAAAGACAAAGGGAAGCCAGUUUCUCUGUCUUCCACUUGCUAUGUUGAAGUGGAGGUCAUUGACGUGAAUGAGAACUUACACCCACCGGUGUUUUCCAGCUUUGUGGAAAAGGGUGUAGUGAAAGAAGAUGUGCCUAUUGGUUCCUCCGUAAUGACAGUAUCUGCUCAUGAUGAGGACACAGGAAGAGACGGGGAGGUCCGCUACUCCAUUAGAGAUGGGUCCGGUGUUGGUGUUUUCAAAAUAGAUGAAGAAACAGGUGUCCUAGAGACUUCAGAGCGACUGGACCGGGAGUCCACCUCCCAUUACUGGCUCACCGUCUAUGCAGCGGAUCGGGGUGUCGUGCCUCUCUCCUCGUUUAUAGAGAUCUACAUAGAGGUUGAGGAUGUCAAUGACAAUGCACCACAGACGUCAGAACCUGUUUAUUAUCCAGAAAUAAUAGAAAAUUCCCCCAAGGAUGUAUCUGUGGUCCAAAUAGAGGCAUUUGAUCCAGAUUCUAGCUCUAACGACAAGCUGAUGUACAAAAUUACGAGUGGAAAUCCACAAGGAUUUUUUUCAAUACAUCCUAAAACAGGGUCUGACCCCCUGCUUGUAUUUAUCAAGGUGAUAGAUACAAAUGACCAUCGUCCUCAGUUUUCUGCAUCAAAGUAUGAAGUUGUUAUUCCUGAAGACACAGUGCCAGAAACAGAAAUUUUGCAAAUCAGUGCAAUGGAUAAGGAUGAGAAAAACAAGCUAAUCUAUACUCUGCAGAGCAGCAUCGAUCCAUUGAGUCUCAAGAAAUUUCGACUUGAUCCUGCAACAGGCUCUCUCUAUACUUCUCAAACACUUGAUCAUGAAGCCAACCACCAGCAUGUUCUUACAGUCAUGGUGCGGGAUCAAGAUGUCCCUGUAAAACGCAACUACGCACGGAUUGUUGUUCAUGUCAGUGAUACGAACGACCAUGCCCCUUGGUUCACGAGUUCCUCCUAUGAAGGGCGGGUUUAUGAAUCAGCGGCUGUCGGCUCAGUGGUGUUGCAGGUUACAGCUCUGGACAAGGACAAAGGGAAGAAUGCUGAAGUGCUGUAUUCGAUUGAAUCAGGAAAUAUUGGCAAUUCUUUCACAAUUGAUCCCAUCUUGGGCUCUAUAAAAACUGCCAAAGAAUUAGAUCGAAGUAGCCAAGUGGAAUAUGACUUAAUGGUAAAAGCUACAGAUCAAGGCAAUCCACCAAUGAGUGAAAUAGCUUCUGUGCACAUCUUUGUCACAAUUGCGGACAACGCUUCUCCUAAGUUUACAUCAAAAGAAUAUUCUGUGGAAAUCAGUGAAACCGUCGGCAUUGGGAGUUUUGUCGGCAUGGUUACAGCCCACAGUCAAUCAUCGGUGGUGUAUGAAAUAAAAGAUGGAAAUGUAGCCGAUGCUUUUGAUAUUAAUCCACAUUCUGGAAGUAUCAUUACUCAGAAAGCCGUGGAUUUUGAGACUUUGCCCAUUUACACAUUGAUUAUCCAAGGAACUAACAUGGCUGGUUUGUCUACUAACACAACUGUUCUAGUGCACCUACAGGAUGAAAAUGACAACUUGCCGGUCUUUAUGCAGGCAGAAUAUACGGGACUCGUUAGCGAAUCAGCUUCAAUCAACAGUGUGGUCCUAACAGACAAGAAUGUCCCGUUAGUGAUUCGAGCAACUGAUGCUGAUAAAGAAUCCAAUGCUUUGCUUGUUUAUCACAUUGUUGAACCAUCUGUACGCAAAUACUUUGCUAUUGAUUCUAGCACUGGUGCAAUUCAUACGGUGCUGAGUUUGGACUACGAAGAAACAAGUUCUUUUCACUUUACUGUACAAGUGCAUGACAUGGGGACGCCACGUUUGUUCGCUGAGUACGCGGCUAACGUGACCAUCCGUGUAAUCGACAUUAAUGAUUGCCCUCCUGUGUUCUCCAGAUCAUUAUAUGAAGCUUCUCUCUUGCUGCCAACAUACAGAGGAGUAAAAGUCAUCACAGUAAAUGCUACAGAUGCCGAUUCGAGUGCAUUCUCACAGUUAAUGUACUCCAUCACCGAAGGCAACAUCGGGGAGAAGUUUUUUACGGACCCCCAGACAGGAACUAUAACCGUGCAGAACACAACUCAGUUAAGAAGCCGGUACGAGUUAACUGUGAGAGCUUCUGAUGGCAGAUUUGUAAGCUUUACCUCUGUGAAAAUUAACGUGAAAGAAAGCAAAGAAAGUCAACUGAAGUUUACCCAGGAUUUCUACUCCGCAGUAGUGAAAGAGAAUUCCACCGAAGCCAGAACAUUAGCUGUCAUUACUGCCAUUGGGAACCCAAUCAAUGAGCCCUUGUUUUAUCAGAUCCUCAACCCAGACCGCAGGUUUAAAAUAAGCCGGACGUCAGGAGUCCUGUCAACCACUGGCAUACCGUUCGAUCGCGAACAGCAGGAGGCAUUUGAUGUGGUCGUAGAAGUGACCCAAGAACAGAAGCCUUCGGCGGUGGCCCACGUAGUCGUCAAGGUCAUCAUCGAAGACCAGAACGACAAUGCACCAGUGUUUGUCAACCUUCCUUACUAUGCUGUCGUCAAAGUGGACACCGUGGUGGGCCACGUGAUUCGCUACGUUACCGCCGUGGACCGAGACAGCGGCAGAAAUGGGGAAGUGCAUUACUACCUGAAGGAACAUCACGAACAUUUUCAAAUUGGAUCCUCAGGCGAAAUUUCACUGAAAAAGCAAUUUGAGCCUGACACCUUAAAUAAAGAAUACCUCAUCACAGUGGUUGCAAAAGAUGGAGGGAACCCAGCCUUUUCCGCUGAAGUUAUAGUUCCCAUCACUGUUAUGAAUAAAGCCAUGCCUGUGUUUGAAAAGCCUUUCUACAGCGCAGAGGUUCCAGAGAAUAUCCAGAUGCACAGUCCGGUUGUCCACAUACAAGCCAACAGUCCAGAAGGAUUGAAAGUGUUCUACAGCAUCACAGAUGGAGAUCCCUUUAGCCAGUUUACCAUUAACUUCAACACUGGCGUCAUAAAUGUCAUAGCCCCUCUGGACUUUGAGUCCCACCCAGCGUAUAAGCUGAGCAUCCGAGCAACCGACUCCCUGACUGGCGCCCAUGCUGAGGUGUUUGUUGACAUAAUCGUGGAAGACAUCAACGAUAACCCUCCUGUCUUUGUUCAGCAGUCUUACGCCACAACCCUGUCUGAGGCAUCCGUCAUUGGCACGUCUGUCGUUCAAGUUAGAGCAACAGAUUCGGAUUCAGAACCCAAUAGGGGAAUUUCAUACCACAUGUUUGGGAAUCAUAGCAAGAGUCACGAUCAUUUCCACAUAGACAGCAGCACUGGCCUCAUUUCGCUAGUUAGGACUUUGGAUUAUGAGCAGUUCCAGCAGCACAAGGUUUUUGUAAGGGCUGUGGAUGGUGGCAUGCCCCCACUGAGCAGUGAUGUGAUUGUCACUGUGGAUGUCACGGACCUCAACGAUAACCCGCCACUGUUUGACCAGCAGAUUUAUGAAGCCAGAAUUAGUGAGCAAGCUGUUCAUGGGCAUUUCGUGACCUGUGUUAAAGCCUAUGAUGCAGACAGUUCAGACAUAGACAAGUUGGACUAUUCCAUUCUGUCUGGCAACAAUCAUAAGAAUUUUGUCAUUGACAGUGACACGGGGAUUAUCACACUCUCCAACCUGCGCCGGCACACCUUGAAGCCGUUUUAUAGUCUUAACAUUUCUGUUUCUGAUGGAGUUUUCAGGAGUUCAGCUCAGGUUCACAUAACUGUAAUUGGAAGCAAUCUGCACAGCCCUGUUUUUCUUCAGAGCGAAUAUGAAGUGGAGUUAGCCGAAAAUGCUCCCUUACACACCCUGGUGAUUGAGGUUAAAGCAACUGAUGGGGAUUCUGGUAUCUACGGUCACAUUACUUACCAUAUUGUAAAUGACUUUGCCAAAGACCGAUUUUACACAAAUGAGAGAGGCCAGAUAUUUACUCUGGAGAAACUUGAUCGAGAAACCCCAGCGGAGAAGGUGAUCUCGGUUCGUUUAAUGGCCAAGGAUGCUGGAGGAAAGGUUGCUUUCUGCACCGUUAAUGUCAUCCUUACAGAUGACAAUGACAACGCACCCCAGUUUCGAGCAACCAAGUAUGAAGUGGACAUCGGAUCCAGUGCUCCCAAAGGGACAUCAGUCACGAAAGUGCUCGCGAGUGAUGCUGAUGAGGGAUCCAAUGCCGACGUCAUGUAUGCCAUUGAAGCAGAUUCUGAAAGCGUCAAAGAGAAUUUGGAAAUUAACAAAAUGUCUGGCGUAAUAACUACAAGAGAGAGCCUAAUUGGCUUGGAAAAUGAGUUCUUCACUUUCUUCGUGAGAGCUGUGGAUAGUGGGUCUCCAUCCAAAGAAUCUGUUGUUCCCGUCUAUGUGAAAAUACUUCCACCGGAAAUACAACUUCCCAAAUUUUCCGAGCCAUUUUAUACCUACACAGUUUCAGAAGACAUGCCUAUUGGGACAGAGAUCGAUCUCAUCCGAGCAGAACAUGGUGGGACUGUUCUUUACAGCCUGAUCAAAGGGAAUACUCCCGAAAGUAACAGGGAUGAGUUCUUUGUGAUCGACAGGCAGAGUGGCAGACUGAAGCUGGAGAAGAGUCUCGACCACGAGACAACCAAGUGGUACCAGUUUUCCGUACUUGCCAGGUGCACUCACGAUGACUACGAAGUGGUGGCUUCUGUGGAUGUUAGCAUCCAAGUGAAAGAUGCCAACGACAACAGCCCUGUCUUAGAGUCGAACCCAUACGAGGCAUUUAUUGUUGAAAACCUGCCAGGGGGAAGUAGAGUCCUCCAGAUUCGGGCAUCUGAUCUAGAUUCAGGAACCAACGGCCAGGUCAUGUACAGUCUAGAUCAGUCACAAAGUGUAGAAGUCAUCGAAUCUUUUGCCAUUAACGUGGAGACAGGCUGGAUUACAACCCUGAAGGAACUUGACCAUGAAAAGAGAGACAAUUACCAGAUUCAAGUGGUUGCCUCAGAUCACGGUGAGAAGGUUCAGCUGUCCUCCACAGCCAUUGUGGCUGUUACCGUCACUGACGUCAACGACAGCCCCCCGCGGUUCACGGCGGAGAUUUACAAAGGGACUGUGAGCGAAGAUGAUCCCCCGGGCGGUGUCAUUGCCAUCUUAAGUACCACAGAUGCUGACUCUGAAGAGAUGAACAGACAAGUUAAAUAUUACAUCACAGGAGGAGAUCCUUUGGGACAGUUUGCUAUUGAAAAUAUACAGAAUGAAUGGAAGGUCUAUGUAAAGAAACCUCUAGACAGGGAAAAAAGGGACAGUUAUCUUCUGACCAUCACAGCAACUGAUGGGACCUUCUCAUCAAAAGCCAUAGUCGAAGUGAAAGUUCUUGAUGCAAAUGACAACAGUCCAGUGUGUGAAAAGACUUUAUACUCAGACACGAUUCCAGAAGACGCCUUUCCCGGGAAGCUGAUCAUGCAGGUGUCUGCCACAGAUGCGGACAUCCGCUCCAACGCCGAAAUUACUUACACAUUGUUUGGUCCAGGUGCAGAGAAAUUCAAACUAAAUCCAGACACAGGUGAACUGAAAACAUCGGCCCCUCUUGAUCGUGAGGAGCAAGCAGUUUAUAACCUUCUGGUCAAGGCCACAGAUGGAGGGGGCAGAUUUUGUCAAGCUGAUCUUGUGCUCACAUUAGAAGAUGUGAAUGAUAACGCCCCCGAGUUCUCCGCCGACCCGCACACCAUCACCGUGUUUGAGAACACAGAGCCUGGGACGCUGCUGACCAGGGUGCAGGCCACAGAUGCAGACGCAGGACUGAAUCGGAAGAUCUCCUACUCACUGAUUAACUCUGCUGACGGGCAGUUCUCCAUUAAUGAAUUAUCUGGAAUCAUUCAGUUAGAAAAGCCCUUGGAUAGAGAACAGCAGGCUGUGUACACCCUUACUUUGAAAGCUGUAGAUCAGGGUUUGCCAAGGAGGUUGACCGCAACGGGCACUGUUGUUGUGUCCGUUUUGGACAUAAAUGACAACCCUCCUGUGUUUGAGUACCGUGAAUAUGGUGCUGCCGUGUCUGAGGACAUUCUCAUCGGAACAGAAGUUCUUCAAGUGUAUGCGGCCAGUCGGGAUAUUGAAGCAAAUGCAGAAAUCACCUACUCGAUAAUAAGUGGAAAUGAACACGGAAAAUUCAGUAUCGAUUCUAAAACAGGGGCCAUAUUUAUCCUUGAGAAUCUGGAUUAUGAAAGCUCUCAUGAAUAUUACCUGACUGUCGAGGCCACUGACGGAGGCUCGCCUUCAUUAAGUGAUGUUGCAACUGUGAGCAUUAAUGUAACCGAUAUCAACGACAAUUCCCCUGUGUUCAGCCAAGACACCUACACGGCAGUGGUCAGUGAGGAUGCCCCUCUCGAGCAGUCUGUCAUCACGGUUAUGGCUGAUGACGCUGAUGGACCUUCAAACAGCCACAUUCGCUAUUCAAUUACAGAUGGUAACCAAGGAAGUCCAUUUACAAUUGACCCUACCAGAGGAGAGGUGAAAGUGACCAAGCUUCUAGACCGGGAAACAAUUUCAGGUUACACACUCACAGUUCAGGCGUCUGAUAAUGGCAGUCCGCCCAGGGUCAACACGACCACCGUGAACAUCGACGUGUCGGAUGUCAAUGACAAUGCUCCGGUCUUCUCCAAGGGAAACUACAGUGUCAUUAUCCAGGAAAAUAAGCCGGUGGGUUUCAGCGUACUGCAGCUGGUCGUGACAGACAAGGAUUCCUCGCAUAACGGCCCACCCUUCUUCUUUACUGUUGUGAGUGGGAAUGACCACGGGGCCUUCGAAGUGAACCAGCAAGGGGUCCUCCUGACAUCAGCUGACAUAAAGAGGAAGGUGAAAGAUCAUUACCUACUGCAUGUUAAGGUGGCAGAUAAUGGAAAGCCUCCCUUGUCAUCUUUGACAUAUAUUGACAUCAGGGUCAUUGAGGAGAGCAUUUAUCCGCCUGCAAUCUUACCACUAGAGAUUUUCAUUACUGCUUUUGGAGAGGAAUACUCAGGCGGCGUCAUUGGGAAGAUUCACGCAACGGACCAAGACGUGUAUGACACGUUAAGCUACAGUCUGGAUCCCCAAAUGGACAAGCUUUUCUCUGUUUCCAGCACCGGGGGUAAGCUGAUAGCCCACAAAAAGCUAGAUGUAGGGCAGUACCUUCUUAACGUCAGCGUCACCGAUGGGAAAUUUACAACGGUGGCGGACGUCACAGUGCACAUCCGACAGAUCACACAGGAGAUGCUGAACCAGACCAUUGCUAUCCGCUUCGCCAAUCUCACCCCGGAAGAAUUCGUUGGUGACUAUUGGCGCAACUUCCAGCGGGCUCUCCGGAACGUCUUGGGUGUGAGAAGGAACGACAUACAGAUCGUCAGUCUGCAGCCCUCUGAACCUCAUCCACAUCUGGAUGUCUUGCUUUUCGUAGAGAAAUCAGGUAGUGCCCCGGUUUCAACCAAACAACUUCUGCACAAGAUUAAUUCUUCCGUGACCGAUAUUGAGGAAAUCAUUGGUGUGAGGAUACUGGAUGUAUUCCAGAAGCUCUGUGCAGGACUGGAUUGCCCAUGGAAAUUCUGUGACGAGAAGGUGACCGUGGAUGAAAACGUUAUGUCAACGCAUAGCACGGCCAGACUGAGUUUUGUGACUCCACAUCACCACAGAACAGCCGUGUGUCUCUGCAAAGAGGGAAGAUGCCCACUUGUCCAUCACAGAUGUGAAGACAGUCCAUGCCCUGAGGGAUCUGAGUGCGUCUCCGAUCCCAGAGACGACAGAUACACCUGCGUCUGCCCGGGUGGCAGGUUUGGUCAGUGCCCAGGGAGUUCAUCUGUAACAUUUACUGGAAACAGCUUUGUGAAAUACCGUCUAAUGGAAAAUGAAAACAAAUUGGAGAUGAAACUGACCAUGAGGCUCAGAACGUACUCGGCUCACGCGGUUGUGAUGUACGCACGUGGGACUGACUACAGCAUCUUGGAGAUUCAUAACGGAAGGCUACAGUACAAGUUUGACUGUGGAAGUGGUCCUGGCAUCGUGUCUGUGCAGAGCAUUCAAGUCAAUGAUGGGCUGUGGCAUGCCGUGUCUCUAGAAGUGAAUGGAAACUAUGCUAGGUUGGUUCUGGACCAAGUUCACACGGCGUCAGGCACAGCCCCCGGGACCCUGAAAACCCUAAACCUGGAUAACCAUGUGUUUUUCGGUGGCCAUAUCCGUCAGCAAGGCACCAGGCACGGGAGAAGCCCCCAAGUCGGGAACGGUUUCAGGGGCUGUAUGGACUCCAUUUACUUGAAUGGGCAGGAGCUCCCUCUGAAUAACAAGCCGAGAAGCCACGCGCACAUUGAAGAAUGGGUGGACGUCUCUCCUGGGUGCUUACUAACAGCUACCGAAGACUGCUCAAGCGACCCUUGCCAGAACGGAGGCAUUUGCCACCCCUCGCCUCCUGGAGGUUAUUACUGCAAAUGCAGCGCCCUGUACAUAGGGACAUACUGUGAGUUGAGCGUCAACCCGUGUUCCUCCAACCCGUGUCUUUAUGGUGGCACGUGCAUCGUGGACAACGGGGACUUUCUGUGUCAGUGCAGAGGAUUAUACACCGGUCAGAGGUGCCAGCUUAGCCCUUACUGCAAGGAUGAGCCCUGUAAAAAUGGUGGAACGUGCUUUGACAGUUUGGACGGUGCUGUCUGUCAGUGUGAUUCGGGUUUUAGGGGAGAAAGGUGUCAGAGCGACGUUGACGAGUGUGCCACCAGCCCCUGCCGCAACGGGGCUCUGUGUGAGAACACGCACGGCUCCUAUCACUGCAACUGCAGCCAAGAGUACAAGGGCAGACACUGUGAGGACGCCUCGCCCAAUCAGUACGUGUCCACUCCCUGGAACAUCGGACUGGCCGAGGGCAUAGGCAUUCUCGUCUUCGUAACGGGGAUAUUUUUGCUGGUGGUGGUGUUUGUCCUCUGCCGCAAGAUGAUCAGUCGGAAGAAGAAACAGCAGGCUGAACCCGAGGACAAGCACCUGGGCCCCAGCACCGCUUUCUUGCAAAGACCGUAUUUCGAUGCAAAGCUCAAUAAGAACGUUUACUCAGACAUACCCCCCCAGGUGCCUGUCCGUCCUAUCUCCUACACUCCAAGCAUUCCGAGCGACUCCAGGAACAACCUGGACCGCAAUUCCUUUGAAGGAUCUGCCAUCCCAGAGCAUCCGGAGUUCAGCACCUUUAACCCCGAGUCUGUGCACGGACACCGGAAAGCCGUGGCCGUCUGCAGCGUGGCCCCAAACUUGCCUCCACCGCCGCCUUCAAACUCCCCUUCCGACAGCGACUCCAUACAGAAACCCAGCUGGGACUUCGACUACGACACUAAGGUAGUGGACCUCGAUCCCUGUCUCUCCAAGAAACCCCUGGAGGAAAAGCCUUCCCACCCAUACAGCGCCCGGGAAAGCCUGUCGGAGGUGCAGUCCCUCAGCUCCUUCCAGUCCGAGUCGUGCGAUGAUAAUGGGUAUCACUGGGAUACAUCGGAUUGGAUGCCCAGCGUUCCUCUACCAGAUAUACAAGAGUUCCCCAAUUACGAGGUCAUUGACGAGCAGACCCCUCUGUACUCAGCAGAUCCAAAUGCCAUCGACACAGACUAUUACCCUGGAGGCUACGACAUUGAGAGCGAUUUCCCACCACCACCAGAAGACUUCCCCGUGCCUGACGAACUGCCCCCCUUGCCUCCGGAAUUCAGCGACCAGUUUGAGUCCAUACACCCUCCCAGAGACAUGCCCGCCGCAGGUAGUCUGGGCUCUUCCUCGAGAAACCGGCAGAGGUUCCACUUGAAUCAGUAUCUGCCCAAUUUCUAUCCCGUCGAUAUGUCUGAACCUCAAAAAACAGGCCCCGGCGAGAACAGUACGUGCAGAGAACCCUAUGCCCCCUACCCUCCAGGGUAUCCCAGAAACUUUGAAGCUCCUCCUGUAGAAAACAUGCCCAUGUCUGUGUAUACCUCCACGGCCUCCUGCUCUGAUGUGUCGGCGUGCUGUGAAGCAGAGUCCGAGGUCAUGAUGAGUGACUAUGAGAGCGGGGAUGACGGUCACUUCGAAGAGGUGACGGUCCCUCCGCUGGAUGCCCAGCAACACACGCAGGUCUGACGCUCAGACUCCCCCCCAAAGUGCCUGGACUUUAACGAACCUGGAGAUUAUCAUAUAAAUGAUCUUCCACAUCGUUCUCUGCAGCAGUGCUUCAGUGCUUUUUUUUUUUUUUUUUUUCCCGUGAGCUAAAAUGGGCAUGGCUGCACUGAGUCACGCACCUCUUGACAAGUUCGCCAUUUCCGGUGUCCAUACCUACUGUAACGGGAGGGGGAUUUCCUUUGGCCGUGCCAUUUCUGAACACCUGUGUGCAUUUACAUUGGUCUGUUAAAAUAAUGAAACGAAAAAUCAGCCCUAUCAUCUUGUUAGCAUGAUUCAUGUAUUUAUAUAGAUUUGAUUUUAAUUUUCCUUUUUUUUUGUAAAUUUUAUGUACAGAUUUGAUUUUUCAUAGUUUUAACUAGAUUUUCAAGACAUAUGGUGCAUUUGUUUUUGACCGAAAUUUGGUGGUGUUAGCGUCAUUACCUAGCACCCUGAUUUUUUAAUACAACCAGGGUUUCAUUGUGUCCUCUUCCAUUGAAGUAUGACAUUCCAUUAAGACAUUUCAGUAUUAGUCCUUCAUUUCUAGCUGUACAUAGGAGGAGGAAAGAUCUUGUACAUGGACAUGUCUUAAAUGGGUUACUGUAUUUUAGAAUUAUAAACAUUUUUCAUUACUGGAAAGUGUAAUGGGGACCUUCUGCAUACCUGUUUAGAACCAAAACCAUCACGACACAGUUUUUAUAGUGUCUGUAUAUUUGUGAUGCAACGGUCUUGUAAAGGUUUUUACUGAAAACUACCAUUAGCCAGUCUUUCUUACUGACAAUAAAUUAUUAAUAAAAUA